GUUUAUCAUGUUGGGCUCUGGGUUCAAGGCUGAGCGCCUGCGAGUCAACCUGCGCCUCGUCAUCAAUCGCCUCAAGCUGCUGGAGAAAAAGAAGACUGAGCUGGCCCAGAAGGCGAGGAAGGAGAUCGCAGAUUAUCUGGCAGCCGGAAAAGAUGAGCGUGCCAGGAUUCGUGUGGAGCACAUCAUCCGUGAAGAUUACCUUGUGGAGGCCAUGGAGAUCCUGGAGCUGUACUGCGAUCUGCUGCUAGCCCGCUUUGGCUUGAUCCAGUCCAUGAAGGAGCUGGACUCAGGCCUGGCAGAAGCAGUGUCUACGCUGAUUUGGGCUGCACCGCGACUCCAGUCAGAGGUGGCUGAGUUGAAGAUUGUUGCUGACCAGCUGUGUGCCAAGUACAGCAAGGAGUAUGGGAAGCUGUGCCGGACAAACCAGAUCGGGACGGUCAAUGACAGGCUGAUGCACAAGCUGAGUGUGGAGGCACCGCCCAAGAUCCUAGUGGAGAGAUACCUCAUUGAGAUCGCCAAGAACUACAAUGUGCCCUACGAGCCUGACUCGGUGGUGAUGGCUGAAGCCCCUGCAGGUGGUGAGGGAGAUCUGAUUGAUGUGGGAUUCACAGACGAUGUGAAGAAGGGUGGCCCUGGAGGAGGUGGCGGUGGAUUUACAGCCCCGCUGGCUGGCCAUGAUGUCCUAGUGCCCAUGCCAGUGAUGAUGCCUAUGCCCAUGCCCACACCGAAUCCGCCCUUCUCCUACCCACCUCCAAAAGGACCGGACAACUUCAAUGGCCUGCCCGUGGGGACCUACCAGCCUUUUGCUAACAUCCACCCACCACCGAUUCCAACAAGCCCACCGACGUACGAGUCUAUUGAUGAGCCCAACGCUGACAAGGACGCUUCUGCACCGGCGGCUGGGCCCGGGCCCAAGUCAGAAGCAUCUCUUAAGCCGAAAGCUGGAGCUCCCAGUGCCGUGGAUAACUUCGUGCUGCCUGAACUGCCAUCCGUGCCGGAUACGCUGCCAACGGCAUCUGCUGGCGCCAACUCCUCUGCCUCUGAAGACAUUGACUUUGAUGACCUCUCUCGGAGAUUUGAGGAGCUAAAGAAGAAAACAUAAAACUGCCUGGGCU